UGCGAUUGGACGUUCUCAAUACAGGAACGCAACAGGACGGUGUGGACAAGACCCGGGUUGCUGAGCAGUCCGUGAGGCACUCGUCUCAAUUUUUAGCAGCGGUUCAAGUCGGACGAUGUAAAGCGAAAUGUCGGUUGCUAUUCUCCGCGCCUGAACUUGAGAAAACGAGGAAUGAUCCUGGUUUUCUAAUAGAAACUGACUGUAGAACCAGUGCGAAAUGCAGGACUUGUGAAUUAGCUUGUGAACUACCCCCGAGUGAGUGUAACCGACAAUGCAGAUCGCUUGCCAUAUGCAGGAUCGUAGGUGAUUUCCGUCAGCAUUUAGUUGCCCAGCCGAAAAACCUGUUGGCUGAUUCAGUGAAACUCGCGGAAUUGAAGCUAGACCGGCCCCGUGCAGUUUGCCUAAAAUACACUCAAAGAUUCGUCACAGGAUUUAUGUUCGAAUUGUAUCUAUCUAACACGACAUCCAGGACGUACGUAAGGUCAUCUGUACCUAUUGUGUUUAUCGUCGAGCACCGAACCCGAUCGCAGCCGAACAUCGAAGAACCGUGGACGUUACAGGGAAUGAGUUGGUCGGGGUUAACAAUGAUUCCCGUUGAAGCAGGCGGCGUGCAUCAAUACCGAGUGACCCCUGUUACGGUGGAUGGCGUUCUUCCUGCUAGGUCUUCUCACUGGACAUACGCGUCACCUAAACCAGGCGAAUUUGAGGCUCCAAAGAACGUACGCAUAAUACGUAUGGAAGGUUAUAAUCGUCGAAUCAAAGCAACGAUUGUUUUUAAACAUCAGAUUCUGCCAUCGUGUGAUUACUCCAUUGAUAUUAUCAACAACCUUCAUGGUUCUACCUCUCGUCGUAUUCACAGUCUACCGCAGGAUUUCUUCCGAAAGGAUCUCCAAGAUCUAGCGUUCACCCAAAACUACACAAUGGUAAUUAAAUCAACGGAUUCGACAGGCACAAUAUUUAGCGGUUUCAACUACACAAGAUGGUUUGAAACGCCUUCUUGUCUCGAAGCAUUCAACCACAACUUCUCCAUGUGCGCUCCUGGGCCCCCAAGUAUGAUUAGCGUCGAGGAGACGAUGCACGGCUUACGCCUUCUGUGGAAUCCACCCCCAUACACUGCUCCCGAUAACCUUGUGUUAACUUACGAGGUUCAGAUCUCAACGAACCCGUCAGCCCAACAGGUCCCAGCCGUACAGGCCCAGGCGCUAUUUAUGCAACGCUGCGUUAAUGCCUCGGUUAAUUUUAUAGACGUGCACGGCAUAGGAAAAAGCAAACUAUAUUUGGUGCAGGUGCGGGCAAAAAGUAGGGCCGGCGUCGGUGCCCCUGCUUCAGUUAUUUAUACCUCUCGCGGACAUUCAGUCGAACGGCACCUUACCAACUUUAUUGGCCUCAUUGUUGUAGCCAGUGUAAUGUUAAUUCUAGCAGUUAUGACAUCGAAAAAGUAG